AAUCCAACAACUGUUUGAAAUAAUUACAAAGAUAAAUCCUAGCAAAUAAAUUUAAUUUUUCAAUAAAUAUGUCAAAAGCACGAGGAUAUGAUGUACAUGAUGAUGGUCCAGGAUUCGUUGGUAUCAGAUUUUGUCAAGAAUGUAACAAUAUGUUGUACCCCAAAGAAGACAAAGAUAAUAAAGUCCUGCUUUAUGCUUGCCGAAAUUGUGAUUUCAAUCAAAGAGCUGACUCAAAUUGCAUAUAUGUAAACAAAAUUAUGCACGAAAUUGAUGAGCUGACCCACAUAGUUCCUGAUGUAACAUCGGAUCCCACACUUCCCAAAACAGAAGAGCACCCUUGUCCUAAAUGUGGCCAUCGAGAAGCUGUAUUCUUUCAAGCUCAAACUCGUAGGGCUGAAGAGGAAAUGAGAUUAUAUUAUGUAUGCACCAAUCAAAAUUGUACACAUAGAUGGACUGAGUAA